CCUACUCCAUCUCCCUUACUCACCACAAUCCCUAAAUCAUUUUCUUCUGUCUAUGGACCAUGGAAAUCGCCGCAGAUCCUUCAUCAGAAAUCUCGAACAACGAUCGCGAUUCUUCCGCCGUGUCGUCAUCAAUCUGCGAUCAUGAUCUUCUCGUCCAAUUCGAAUCUAUCCGAUCCAAAUAUUCAUCCUUGGAGGAGAAUAUGCGUCUCCUCCAGCAACAAAGAGGCGAAGCAAUGGCUAACGCCGCUACUUUAACGGAGAAAGUCCACGGCUUGUCACUCGAGCGAGACUUUCUUGGCCACCAAAUCGAGGAAUUUGAAGUCGUUCUGAGAGAAAACGAAGAAGAUUUCGCUAGAAAGAUCGACGAGCAAUCGAGAUCGAAGCUAGAACUCGAGAAACAACUUGAAAUUUCUAGAGGGAAAAUCGAAGAGCUUGAAUCCAAAACUGAUGUUAGAAAUGAAGUUUUUGAGAAAAGCUUGGAUUCGAUCCGGUCAGUGAAGGAAAAUUUGGUCAAACUCAUCGAAAAUUUGAAUGAUGAAAAGGCGUUGAUGGAGAAUGUCGAUAGUGAGAGCGAGAAAACAGAAUUAGAACACAAAGAACUGGGGAUUUUUUGGAGAGAAAUUACCACGGUUUUAAAACUUGCGAGCGAAGCUAACUCGAAAGCAAACGAGUUCAAGGAAGCAAGAAAGAAGGAGAAGAUGGAAUUGGAGAGAAGCCUUGUGAGUUUAACGGAGGAGAACCGUGACAUCAAUAGCUUGUUGAGGAUCGCUUUGGUGGAGAAAGAGGCAGUGGAGAAGAACUUGAAUAAGUUGAAAGGGAACAAUGAGCAAAAGAGGGUGCCAUUGUUACAUAUUGCAGAGCGGGGGCUGCAGAGAGUUGGGUUCGGGUUUAUGAUGGGAAGCGGAAGCAAUGAGCAAGCCAUCGAGAGUUCCAGGGCCAGUAGUACUUCUGCUGCUGGGAGUAAAUCGGAUAAUAGCGAAUGUGAAGAGGAGGUUGUUAGCCUGGCCUCUAUGGUGGAGAAGAUAAUGAAGAAGUUAAGAGUUGAAAAUUCUCAAUUACGACGAUCUUUGGAGGAAUCUAGGUCCGAUAACGAGCGACUGCAGAGUCUUACAGAGAAACAAGUUCAAAAAAUUGAAGAAAACACACCGUACAUUAAGGAAUUGGAAGACAGGGAGAUGGUUUUAGCUCAAAAAGUCCAGGAACUAUUGAUGGAAAUAAAAGAAACUGAAGCAGAUGUUGCUAGAUGGAGGGAAGCUUGUGAGUUGGAAGUAGAAGCUGGAGAAAAAGAGGUUAAAGAGCGUGACAAACUGGUUGUCAUUUUGAAGCAAGAGUUGGACAAAACAAAGGCAGCACUGGAAAUAUCCAAUGGCAAAUUAAAGCUGAAAGAAGAACUCGCAGCCGCUGCUAUAGCCGCACAGGCAGCUGCAGAGCUGUCUCUGCAGCUAGCCGACAGCAGAGCUGCAGGGCUUCGAGAGCUGAUCGAGGAGUUAACGAAACAAUUAGAAGAAGCAGAGGGCAGAGAGAGGAGCCAACGUAAGCUGAGGCACCGUUGUUGGCCAUGGCAAGUCCUGAAAAUGAAUAUCACUAACAAUACAAAUAGUAGAACUAAGAAUGUUAAACGCAUGCUACCAGAAAUGCAGGCCUUGCUUUCAUAACACCAGGUAAUUGUAGAUGUACCAUAUAAACCAUGCUGUUAAGUGUUACCUUAUCUUGCCUUAAAUA